UUCAACAACGUUCUUCUUCUUGUAGUUCUUACACUACCAUUCACAUUUCAAGAAGCUUUCCUUUGGUUUCAUCUUAAAGAUUUUUCUUUCUCUCAGACGGAGAUAGGAGCGAUGUACUGCCUGCUCUGUAUCAAUUAUAGCUUCGCAUCCUUAUUGAACGUCCGGAUAGCGUAUAAAGUAUCAGAUUCGAAAAGUCUGCUCAUUGUGUCAAAUAUUUUACUUGCUAGCGCAUUAUUGCUCUGCGGUCCAUCGCCUUUCUUGGGAAUAGAACAUAAAUAUAUUUGGUUGGAUAUCGUUGGUAUUAUACUAUUUGGGUAUUUCUAUAAUCUGUCAUCCGUGAUAAUAUAUAAGUUGCUUUGUGAGUAUGUUUGUGGCGAUAAAACGGAGCAAACUUUACAUGAAUCCAGUACAAUAAGCAGCACUUUCAACACGAGUGUAUAUUUUGGCCAGAUUCGAACCACCUUGCUUGGAUUUCUACCAAAAUACUACAGUUUACACAUAUAG